AUGGCUGGCCCACCGCCCCCGCCCGAGGCCUUCAAUUUUGCGCCCGAGUACAUCGAGGCGAAUAAGGGCCCAGCGAUUAUCGCCGUCAUCUGCACAGUGACUGCCCUCGAGACUAUUUUUUGUUUGAUGAGGCUAUACACUCGCGGGAUUAUCCUGGGAAGGCUGCGUCUAGAUGACUAUCUGAUCAUUAUCUCGGUCCUUUUCGGAUGGAGUGCGGUGGUGUUCGGCGUGAUGGCAGUUCAUUCGGGGAACGGCAGGCACUUUCUGACUUUGACGACGGAGCAGAAAUCCGGCGCGAUUCUCUGGACUAUCGUCGGGUUUUGCCCGGGUAUCAUGUCAUUUGGCAUACCAAAGCUCGCCGUCAUCUCCUUGCUAGAACGUCUCCUGAACCCCAGCCGCGUCCACCGCAUAAUUCUGUGGUGCAUUGGUGUCCUUUGCAUCCUCAGCCUCCUCGGGUGUGUCGUCGUCCUGUUUGCGCAGUGUACUCCAGCAUCUUCGCAGUGGGACUUUUCGAUCACGGACAAGAAGUGCUUCGACAAGUGGAUUCUAGUCAACUACGCUAUAUACGCUGGCGUCGCCUCGGCGUGCACUGAUCUCUAUCUGGCUGUGUACCCAGCCUUUGUCCUCUUCAACUUGCAAUUGCCGUUGCGGAAGAAGCUCGCCCUUUCGGCCGCUCUGGGAAUCGGUUCGAUUGCCACGGUCAUUGCCAUCUACAAGACAACCCGCCUUCCCAACCUCGCCAGCGACGACUUCUCCUACGACACCUCGGACCUCGUAAUGUGGACUUGCAUCGAAGGGAGCACCAUCAUCAUCGCCUCCUGCAUCCCCGUCCUGCAGCCCCUGGUCGACCGCGUCCUCGGCCGCCGCUUCUUCGGCAGCUCCCUGGGCCCCCGCUCCUACAAGAAGUACGGCACCGGCCGCAGCGACGGCGGCGGCGGCAUGUACCCGUCGGACAUGGAGAUGUCCAACAGCCGCAGCGCCAAGCGCAGGCCACCCCGCGACCCCAACGGCCUGACCUUCCUCGACGAGACCAAGGCCGGCAGCGAGGAGAGCAUCCUGCGCCAGGAGCAGACGGCCAAGAACGGCGGCAACGGUACGUCCCUGCACAGCGCCGAGUCGCGGGGUGCCCCGCGGGUCGGUCCGCAUGAGGGGAUCGUGCGAACGGAUGUGGUGAGCGUGUCUUACGGAGCGGCGCACGACCACGACGGGCCCGAGACUUGGAAGAAGGGCUUCUAA